AUGAAAUUCAACGGAUCUUCAUCAUCUCAUGUCCAAGCCAUAAUUUUAAUGCUUUCAAUUAUCACAUUUUCAUUGUUCGAACCAUUUGCUUUCAAUAUUUACUUUCAAGCAUGGAUGGCACACGCUAGUGCAAUAUCUCCAUUUCAUUUAAUAAGAAAUUUAGAAAUAUUUCAUAACUACACAAUGCUUAAAGAAAACAAUUACUAUUUAAGAGCCGUAAUUACUCGAAAUGCCGGUAAAUAUGACGUUGGAAAUUAUAUGGAUAAAUAUUCGCUUGGAUUACAAGAAGCAAUUCACUACCACUUUAGAGAUGUUGAUAUUACGAGAGAUGGCUUUAAUUGCCAUGGAUAUUUCGUUGAACCUAACAGAAAGUUCGCUUAUUGGGGCAAACCAGGUCCUAAAAAUCAUUCCUUCAUACAAUACGAUAAGGUGAUUGCAGGAUUUUCCUAUCAUUCUCAAUUCGGCCACUUUCUUCAAGAUAUGAUUUGCGGAAUUAUAUCAUUACCAAGCGAAUAUUUCAAAGAUGCAGAGAUAUUCGUCAAUUUUGGAGAGAAGCAAGCCAAAAAUUUCUUUAAAUUCAUCGGAUUUGACCCUGACCAUGUUCAUUCCUUCACUAACGAGUGGAUUUACGUGAAAGACUUACACCUUGUUGUUAGUGAUUUCGGAAUUAACUCACUAUUUGCAUCGUGGAUUGAUCUCCACAACAUUAUUUACAAAAAAUACAAUUAUUCCUCGAUAAAACCUACUCUUUACACAAUUAUCAAUAAGCCAAAAGGCAAUUGGGGUUGUGUAUUAAACUUAGAAGAGCUAGUUAACUAUACAAAAUUAACAUAUCCGCAAUAUGACUGGAGAGAGUAUCCUCCUGACACUUUAUUAGAUUUAGAAGGAGUUUCUAGGCUUCUUGCAUCAUCAAAAGUAUAUGUUUCAGCUCCAGGUUCCUCAUGUUUCAAUGUAAUUUACAUGCAGCCUAAUUCUGUUGUUGCUUUCUUUAGUAGAAAGAAGCCUGAUAACCCAGCCAUUGCUGCUGCUUUCUCUUUAGGCGUUUUCAUCUUUUCAAUUAAUAAUAAUGAAAUUCAUGAAGAUGUAAAGAACAUAUCUCUAGAUUCGUUUAAGGUGGCCAUAUCAGAAGUAGUAUAUGUUGCUGAAAACGGAAAAUGGAGGAAUGAUAUUGAAAAACGUGCAAGAUUUUUAUUCGACUCUUCCAUUUAUGACUCGGCCAAGAAUUUUAAACUGUUCAAGCGUAAGACCAGUGAAUAUAAACGCGUGAAGAAGUUUGGAGACUAUCAUCUGAAAGUUAUGUCGCAAUAUCCAAAUCCUUAUUUUGCUAUUGCUGACAAAUGCUUCGGAGCUAAGAAAAUCCUUUAUGGUUUGAAAUGA